UGGGUAGUCCCUUGGAGCCAAACCAGUGUCUAGUAUAGCCAUGACCAUGGGCAAGAUCAUUUUCUACGAGGAAAGAAACUUCCAAGGUCGCUCCUAUGAGACCAGCAGUGACUGUGCCGACAUCUCCUCCCACCUGAGCAGGUGUCAUUCCUGCAGGGUGGAAAGUGGGUGCUUCAUGGUUUAUGACCGCACAAACUUCAUGGGGAAUCAGUUCUUUGUGAGGAGGGGAGAGUACUUUGACUAUCAACGAAUGGGCAUGAGUGAUUGCAUCAGGUCUUGCCACAUGAUCCCCAUGCACAGAGGCCAGUUCAGGAUGAGGAUCUAUGAGAGGGAGGACUUCCGUGGUCAGAUGUAUGAGUUGAUGGAUGACUGUGACUCUAUUGCGGACCCCUACCGUAUGUCUGACUGCAUGUCCUGUCAUGUGAUGGACGGCCACUGGCUGAUGUAUGAGCAGCCCCAUUACAGAGGCAGAAUGAUGUACCUGAGGCCUGGAGAGUACAGGAGCUUCAGGGACAUGGGAAUGAGCGGCACAAGAUUCAUGAGCAUGAGAAGGAUCAUGGAUUCAUGUUAUUAGACCCUCACUGUUAAAACACAAUCUUUCAAAUAAAAUUUAGAUAUUCUCUUUUAAA